UCAAAGACAAAUAGUUUCCAUUGGGACCACAAAAGGUCUCUGAUAUUGAAACCGCACCAUUGUUGUUGUCUCUGAUCCGUAAGCUUCUCUGUUAAUCUCUCCGUCGUUGCUCUGCUUCCUACUUGUUCAAAGUUUGAAAGAUCUAAAGAAGCAUGAGUAUUGAGUUCUCUGAACCAGAAUGCAGAAACUGUUACCAUUGUCGCACUUCAGGCAUACUCAAUAUUCAAGAAUCCGAACUGAGCAAUGUGACUGGCUCAUCAGUCAAUUCAAUGCCGGUUAGUCCCCGACCAGUUCAAGCUCUUGGAUAUGAUUCUGCUCUUAAUGUUUCAACCUCAACAACAUCAUCUCCAGUUCACAUUUCUUCACCAUUCGGAUUUUCUCCUGAUGUUAGUUCUGCUCCAACGCAAGCUCUUGGUCCAACCACUUCCGGUUUCUGUGCAUCUACUGCUCUCACACCACCUAAAUUCGGGUCAGUGCAACCUCCUGUCCAAGCUACUUUUGGUUCUGGUGCGCCUAGCACUUCAACAUCCUUUAGCUUCCUCCCAUUUGGUUACGUCCCAGCACCUCCACGUUCUUCACCAUUUGGGCCAGCGCAAGAUAUGCCUUGGGGUAUUAAUUCAUUUUCUACAGGAUGCGGUAUUGAAUGGGUCAGAUCUGAUGUUGGUGUCUGGCCAGCAUCUUCUUCCUCUACUACUACUACUACAGUAGUUUUCGGUACAACACCAGUGAGUGUUUCUUCACAGUUUGGGCCAGUGCAAGAUUUUCCCAAGACUACUUCUGUUUGUGCUUCAAGCACCUCAGCACCUACAAAGUGUGAAGGUUCUUUAGCUAGAUGUGGUUUGGAUUAUUCGCCAGCAUCUUCCUCUCUUAACCUUUUCGGACCAAACCCAUCGACUACUGCAUCACUUUUUGGUACAUCUGCGGCAAGUGUUUCGUCACCUUUUCAGCCAGUGCAACAUUCACUAAGGAAUGGUGUUCCCAAGCUUACUUGUGUGUGUGUUUCAAGCACCAAAAAGAAUCCAGGUAAAGAAUCUUACUGCUACAUUGGUGGUAGAAGCAGUAAGGACCUCGGUGAACAGCGGUUGAAUGUUUCAGGUAAAGAACCUUCACUAAUACGACAGAUGCAAGUUUCAACUCAAAUCUGCUUAGAGUCAGAACCAUAUGAAGAAGAUCUUGUGGAAUCAACUGUGCAAGAAGAAGUGGCCUUAAGCAUGAAAAUCUGUCAAGAAAAAAUGGGUUUAGACUAGGUUUGGGAACAAUGCAUCUGAUCUACUAGAAGAAAAGCUGCCAAGGCAGAACAGUUUCAGCAGAGGAUUGAUUGACUCGUAGUCUGUUAAAACGUUCAGAGAUCACUGCAUCUGAUACUAGGCCAGCUUCAGAUUUACAAGCAGGCUUAGAGAAUGUAAAAUUGUUAUUCGAGAAUCUUUCUUGAAAAAGUAAACUCUCCAGACAAGAUAUGGAAGUCAUUCCCCGGUUCCCCAUGAUACCGAAACAUCUCCUAUACCGAUACUGCAGAGAUGAUGAACAAAGGAGCAUGUUCUAUCAGAGAGCUUAUCAACAUGGAAUCUCCGGCGUAUACAAGCAGUCCCUUUUUUUUUAAUGCCAAAUGUCACAUCACAUAGUAAUCUCUAGCUUCUUCCUCUUAUGUGCAUAUAUAUAUAUAGUCAUUAUACAUACCAUACAAAUAAGUACCACCAAGAA